AUGUCGUCAAGUAUCCUAGAGUCUGAUGUUCCUAGUUCAAAGGGGGAACCUAAACCUGAAAUUAUAUCAACGACAGUUACAACAAUGGACGAAAACGGUAAUACUAUUGUGAAGAUUAAAAAGAAGAAGAAAAUAAAAAGGAAAAAAAAGAAGGUAUUGAAGGAAUCAACAGCAGAAGCUGCUGAACUGGACGAAAUUGUGAACGCGAAUAAGGAAAAUGAUAAUAAGAAGAUAACACCCGUAAAAGAGGAAAAAGGAGAUACAAUCAAACCUGAAUCUACUCAUGAUAACUCUACUAAAACAACCGAUAAUGAAAAUAUAGACGCAACCAAUACCGAGGAGAAUGGUGUAGAUCCUCUAAAGAAGAAAAAGAAACUUAAAAGGAUAAAGAAAAUAAAAAAGGUGAAAAAGAAGAAGGUUCCUACUCCUGAAAAUGAUAAAGUUGGGUUAGACUCCAUUAUGGUAGGUAUCGAGGAAUUUUUGAAUGAUGAUGAAAACAAAGAUGUGGCCGUUAACAUCGUUAAAGCACCAUCUGAAAGAGCGAAAGAAUCAUCCAUUUCAAAGGAAAUGUUCUUAGAUACAAAGGAUCCCGACUCACUUGAUGGAAUUUCCAAAGAACAACCUUCAACAACAACAGAAUUAGCUGAUUCGGAGCUAAAAAUAACCAAAGACCUGAACGAUAUCAAAGACUCUAAGUUGGAUACAGAUACUGUUGCAACCGAACAAGUUUCAACUGGUAUGAUAACAACUGAUAUUACAGAUGAACCAAUUGGAAAAGAGACAUUACAUGAUAUUCACGAAGAAGAAGAAGAGAAAGAUAAAGAACUGAUUAAUAUUUCCCCAGAUAUUGAAGGUACCGAAAGUAAUUCCAAUACGGAGGACAGGACGACGGUAGUAGUUGACCAAGAAGAGAAAGAGAAAAAGAAAGAAGAAGGAAAAGAUAAAUUACAUCUUGAGAACAGCUCGUCAGUGACUAAUGAUGAACAUACAAACCUCUUAGCAGAUGGUGAAAACAAAAGUGACACAAUUGAUAUGCCUGAGGAUAAGUCUUCAGAGUUGGAAGAUUCCAAGGAAGAAGGGAAAGCUGCGGAUGCGUUAAAAUUAGAGGAUACUGUAAAGGAAACCACUUCUCAGAUAGAUAUGCCAGUGGUUACCCAUGACAUAGAAGUAACUCCCUCUGAAAUUAAUGAUCCAACACGCAAGGGUACUAUUAUUGCUGCGGAGCAACUUUCAUCAAAACCGUUACAAAGUAAUGUCUCCUCAGAAAAGGAAAGCCACAGGGAAAACAUCGAUACUAUGGUCUCGAGUACUGAACCCGAGAAACAAGCGGUCAGUUCUUUAAUACAUCUAAAUCCACCCCAACACUUGGAAAACGAAGAAGAAGAAGAAGAAGAAGAAGAAGAAGAAGAAGAAGAAAAAAAAGGAAAAGAAAAAGAAGAAACUGUUAAUGUAUCUGAGGACAAUAAAUCAAAAUUGGAAAAAACUACAGACAAAUUAGAAGAGCAAUUAAUUAAGACUACAGACACAUAUUCUAUCAGACAAGAUAUAGAGGUCCCGACAGAUUUGAAUCCAAAGAUUGCUAUGGAUGUCAUAGCUUCCGAGCGUGAAAAAAAGGAAGAGCUAAUAGAAAACAAGGCGGAGCCUAAUAUGGACAAUGGCUUAGACAAGACUGAAUCUACCGAGGUUGAUGCUAAUGAAGAAGUGAACGAAGAAUAUAAGGGAGAAUUGCAAGGGGAACUCAAAGAGGGUGUUGAUGAACAGCUUGAUACAAACAAUAAGACUAACCAUAAUGCAGUUGAUCAAGAAAAGGAAGUUGAUAAUUCAAACGAUGUUGAACUAGCUACACCUUCAAUUGGUUUAGACACAGCGGAGAACAAUAAAGGACUAUUGGCGCCAUCAGAGGGGAUUGAAAACACUGAUAACAUAAAGGAAGAAGCCAUGAAACAGUCCAAGAAACUUGAAGAAGACGAUGGAAUUCAUGGAUUAUCUUUUGGAGAUGCUAGUCAAACUAGUACCGAAAAGGAUGGAACUUUCAAUGAACCGGGAACUACAUUACACGAUGCAGCAGCAAAAGCCAAUACACCCGCAAAUUCUACCAUGGCAGAUAUACUAGCUGAAACAGAUGCAUUUUUAAAUUCAUUAAAUCUCGAUAUGGUUGAUGAUUCAGAAAUUAACGAUCUUUUAUCUAUCGGUACCAAGGAAAAAUUAAAUCCUAAUACCAAAUUAAAUGGGACUGAAACAAUAAAAUCACCUAUCAAGAAGGAAAAAGAAGAUGACUCGACUUCCUCUACUAUUAAAAAUAGCGAAAUAAUUGAACAUAAUAAGAAGCAACCAAUAUACAUCUUUACCUCGUUAGCUGGUGGUGGAUUCCAUAUGAUACCGAGAACCAAUAGAUUAACGACAAUCCUUACAGCUAACAGGGUUGAGUUUACUUAUCGAGAUUUAGGAACUGAUGAUGAAGCUAGGAAAGUAUGGAGGACGUAUGGGAAAGGUAGAUCUUUACCUGGUGUUGUUAGAGGGCGAGAUGAUAUCAUUGGUAAUUGGGAAGAGAUUGACGAAGCCAACGAAGAUUAUAGACUACACGAUUUAUUAUAUAAUACAUUAUAG